AUGGCCUUUGCUGGAAAAUGGGAAACUGAGACCCAGGAGGGAUAUGACGAGUUCUGCAGGCUGCUUGGUAUCCCCGAAGACAUCAUUGAGAAGGGCCGUGACUACAAGCUGAUCACAGAGGUCACUCAGGACGGAGAUAACUUCUCCUGGACCCAGAUCUACCCCACCAACGCCAAGGUCACCAACAAGUUCACCGUUGGCAAGGAGUGUGACAUGGAGACCAUUGGAGGAAAGAAAUUCAAGGCCACAGUGCACAUGGAGGGAGGCAAGCUGAGCGUGGCCUUCCCCAACUACCACCACACCUCUGAGAUCAGCGGAGGCAAGCUUGUUGAGACCUCCAAAGCCGGUUCUGUUGUGCUGAAGAGAACCAGCAAGAAGAUCUAA